AUGAAAGAGAGCGUGUUUAAACAAGCGAUAGUGGUUAGUUUAGUGGUGGUGUUGUUUUCUAUCACCGCACAGACGUCGGCCGCAACCGGCAGUGGUUCGAAUGAAUCUAAAUUCGUGCCCACCAGCGAAUGGCAGGAGAUCAAGGAAGGCCAAUCGAUCCCGGAAGGAUUGCAUGUACGGAUAAAUCUAACCAGCGGCAAAAAGGAAGCCAAACUACUAGACAAAGAGGAUGGUGGUGAAGGGGAUUCAUCGUCGCUUUCGAUGGUGCCGGGAGAGAAGGUAAAGGACCAUCAAGUACCCGGUACGGGGGCAAGCAACACCGAUACCGUAGCUGGCAUGAAACUGGAAGCGCUGAGAGAAGCACUCAAAGACAUUCCAGCCAACGAGUACGAGGAGGAACCGCUGGAGGAAUCGGGACGCGCUCGGUUUAAAAGUUACGAACAGAUUAAGCAAGAGCUCAAAGACUCCAACGUGGAGCUGAAAAGCGACAGUGAAAUUAUGACCGAUUUGUUUGGCCGCUUUGAGGAAGUGCUUAAGAAAACUUCCACCACUGACCGGCAAGAGUUGGAUGCUCUUUUUGAGGAUCUCGAAUAUCUAUCACAUCAAAUCGAUAACGCACUACAGUUCAUUGAUCGUGGCGGUGUGGAGAAAAUCAUCUGGCCCAGCAUAAACCGUACCGAGGAUAGUGUAACACGCACGAAAGCCCUCCAACUACUGGGCACGAUCGUACAGAACAAUCCCAAAGCAAAGGUCGCACUAAUCGAGCGUAAUGGCGGUACGAACCUGCUCACGGCACUUGGACGCGCUUCGACGACGGACGAAAUUUCUGCCGCACUGUACGCGUUCGGCAGCCUGGUACGAAAAUUCCCAUUUGCCCAGAAGCAACUGCUAACACCGCACGGGUACAGCGUGCUGUAUGGUGUGUGGGAAAAGAAGGUCGAGCUGAAGGUUAAGGUGAAGGUGCUGCAACUGGUUGCGGACGUGCUGGAGGAUUAUCAGAGCGCAACCGAUGGAGGAGAAAGUGACCCAACGACGGCAGAACAGUACCGUUCGACCAAGCUGAUCGAUGGAUUACAACGGACCGAAUUUUGUCACCAUGCGAGGGAAUUCUUUCACCAACAUAAAGCGGCACUCAUACCGGAAGACAACCUGACCGAUGACACGGUAAAGGCACUGAAAGUGUGCAAACAGCUGUGCCAGGAAACGUGGUCCCAGUGUCCACUGUUUCGGCAUACGUUACUAGUGUUGCGAAACAAUCUAGAUCACCGAUUAGACGAGGAUAGUGAAUUGGCUGACUAUAGGAAGGAGAUUAAGUGUAGCAUCGAUGACUUAAUUGUGGAACUGUACGGUAAACCGAAAGAUGAACUGUGAGAAGGGAGAGCGGAACAAAAUUAGAAA